UUCUACGUAGGACCAAAGCAGGCCACGAAGCCAUGAUUCCCAGAUGAGGCACAGGCGGCACCCGUGAGGCCCUCGAGCCGCCGGUCGGAUGCCUUAUCCAUAUCGAUGGCGGCCUUGGCGUUUCUUUGGAACGUCCUUUGCCUUGAAGUCCUCGCCCAAGGCGAUAUGCCCAUGAACGUCGAGAGUCAUCCCUUGGGCUGGGCUAUGAGCUCGGAGCUUCUUCCAGGCACUGUGGUGGGUCAGGGGCGCUACGUCCUGGCAGAGAAGCUUUGCGAAGUUUGCCGCCUCCCACCGCGCACGCGUGCUUCUGAGCAUCUUGCACUGCCUGAGCCAAGCCAUAGGCUGCUGCUCGAUGAUGGACAAGGGCAGGGUCAAGUGGUGCCUUACGAGGGUCUUGCGGCGGCGAUCGCCAGUGACCUUCCGAAUGUCGCACUUUCUCGCUUGGCCUUUCUGCCGGCUGUCCACGAAUAUGCGGUAUCUCAUUUACAACGUCACCAUCUCUAUGAUACCAAUUUCCGCUACAACUUCGGCCCCCGCCUUGGACGAGGCUCCUUUGGUGAGGCCUGGCGGGCCGUCACACUGGACGGCUCCAUGAAGGAAGUGGUCCUUAAGCGGCUCUUCGUUGAGAAGGGUGAGCACGUGCGCAGGAGUGGCGAGAGGGAGAUCCAUUUCGGUUCGAUCUUGCAGCACCGGCACCACAUCGCGAGGUUUUUGGAGUCGUUUGAAGAGAUUGGCAUGGUUGAGGAGGGGAAGAAACAGGUAGAACUGUGGCUUGUUUUUGAGAACGAAGGCUUCUCUUUGACCCACUUCCUUUUCAAGACGCAGCCGGGCUCACAGGUGGUGGAGCGAUCCACAUUCUGGUGGCUAGUCAAGCAGGGCUUGCCCUGGGGAGGACAAGUCAUCAAGAAUUUUGCUUACCAGCUUCUGCAAGGUCUGGCUGUGGCUCAUGCUGCCAACAUCACGCACCGUGAUGUCAAGGGCUCCAACAUCUUCGUCACCGACACGUGGCCUCCCGUGCUUCGCCUGGGGGACUUCGGCAGCGCCUUGACCACCCCGCCGGGCGAGGAGGUGAGAAAGCUUUAUGGCCUUGAGGGACCCAGUGAUGAUGAUGAAACCAGCGAGUACAAACCACCAGAAGCAGGACUCUUCGACGACUUGCUGCUCCAGCGAGUGGGGCUCAGGGGCGAUGGGCCUUGGCGCAAUCGGAGCUAUGACAUGUGGAGCUUGGGGGUGCUGCUCCUUGAGCUUAUACUUGGUACACGGGAUUUGUACCAUGUGGAUGAUCGCCGCUGGCUGAAGGAGGAGUUCCAGCUCCACAAGAAUGUCCCCGAAGAGCGUCGAGCACAAGGCCGCAUGCUCCUUGCCUUGCUGGACUUGUGUUUGGGUCCUCGUGGAGUUUGGACCGAAGCACCUUUGCGCUGGUUUUUUGAACCUGAGCUGUCUGGGCCUUUAGCAGGUGAGCCACGACAAUGCUCGGAUGCCGAGUUCGCGGAAAGGCUUCAAGUACAGGAUGCCGCUGGCGUUGGCUUGCCGAAUGCCGCCGGCCGCGACUUGCUUCGAAGGCUUCUAAGUUGGGAUCCCAAUGAACGGAUCCAGGCGCAGGAUGCCUUGAAGCAUCCCUGGUUUGAUGAUGGAGUGGACCUUCCUCCACUUCGAGUCUUCAAAUCUACAGCCAACGCAGCCUCUGGCAUCUCGCAGGUUGAUGAUGAGGAAGUGACCGAGACACCAGAGACCCUGGACGGUCAACUGAGCGACUGGAGUUGGAGUGAGGAGGAGGAUGCACCUGCUUUGGCCGUAUGGGAAGAUGAAGGUGAGGAAGCGGAAAACUCACUCGGUGGAGAAUACACGGUGGCCUCGUCUUGUCCAGGCCUGCAUGCCCAUGUGGCUUCCAGCGACGAUGUCGGACGUCGCAAAGCCAUGGAGGACAGACACUCCAUCCAGAACAUCUCAGGAUCUUGCCAUGGUGGCAAGGCUGGGUACGUGGGCAUUUUCGAUGGCCAUGGUGGAGAUUGGACUGCCAGCUGGUUGGCACGAUCGCUCCAUCGACGCCUUCAACUGCGGGGGCCCAGGAGUGUGAGUUCUGCACUGGAAGCUGCCUUUGCCGCCUUUGACAAGGCAAGGAAGAAGGAGCAGCUGGAGUAUCGAAACUCGGAAGAGCAGCUGGGCACGGGCAGCACUGCUCUAGUGGGCGUUUUGUGCAACUGCACUCUGCACCUGGCGAACUUGGGAGAUUGCCGAGCAGUGGCGGCCUUGCGAGGGACCUGGCCGAGCAAAGGUGAGACGACUUUGCCGGAGGAGUCCAUUUGGCCACCAGGUGCCAGAGUUGAGGUGUUGGAUUCGCGAUCAGAUGAGCUGCGUGGACAGCGGGGCACUGUGGUCGAGGUCCGCAUCGCUUGCGCCUUAGCUCACCUUGUGCUGCCCCCCGCUUUGCAUCCCCAGUGCACCACCAAAACGCCGCAGGCAGACUCUGGUCCCGGGCGCCCGCGCCGGGUCUUUUGCGUCGUGCGGUUGCUGCGAGAUGGCACCUUGAGGCCUUUCCGUUCGCAGUCCCUGCGCAUGCUGAGCGAGCUGCGGGCCGUACGUCUUACCAAGGAUCACAAGCCCGGUUCGCCAGAGGAGAAGCGUCGCAUCGAGGAGUUGGGAGGAGAGAUCGUGUGGCUGAAGGCAGACCAGGGAAGCCUGGGGGAUGCAACCCGCUCAGCACGGGUAGCUGGCUUGGCAACCUCAAGGAGCUUCACAGGCAUUGAGCGUCGACCGCUGGUCACUGCAGAACCUGAGUUUUGGUCGCUGCCCUUCAAACAUUGUUCUGAGGGCGCGGACUGCAGAGAGGGAGAAGACUUGACCGGCAGCGCGCCCCUCUUUGUUGUUUUAGCUAGUGAUGGUAUAUGGGAUGUGCUCGAGGACCAACUUGCUGUGGAUCUGGUCUGGGACCUUUUGAGCUCCGCGCAGGAUCCACGACGCGGCAUGGCAGGCGUGUUGCAAGAAGCAGCGCAGCUUGUCAUCCAGGCUGCCAAAGAUCGCGGCUCCACUGAUAAUUUGACAUGUAUCAUUUUAUUGAUAUUCUGAAA